CACUAGAGAAGGUAGUAGGGAUCACAUGUAUAUACAAUCAAACGACGGAAAACGUCGUGGCCAGAGCUAAAGUAGCGGAGGGAAAUAGAAUAUUUCGUAGCGAAUUGUGAAGCAGUAGCUACUUCAACAUUCUUCCUUUGAUAUUUGAAACGAAGGCAGUAUCAUUACAUAUUUAGUUUAUCUCACUGGCGGAAGUUCACAAUAUCAAAUACAUAGAUACAAAUUCAAUUCGUAUAGUAAUAAAAAAUAUAAUUCACUCGAAAACUGCUUUUGUUUCAUUUUCAAUAAAAAGGAAACCGUCUUUAUUUCAUUUUAAAUAUUUGGUGCAAGUAAGUGAAGAAUACCUUCUUUUUCUAGUUUUUAAAAAAAGUUGUAAUGCACAAUAUGAGACAUUCUUUAUUCGUUUCGGAUGUUUAUAUUAACAGCACGGGUAUGAUAACUAAAUGGGUAUCAAUCCAAUGAAGUGGAAAACCAGAAAUGUACUGUAUACUAUUUUAACACUUUUUAUCUUUUAUGUUCUCUUUGUAUAUAAGAAAAAACAUCAUGUACUGUUCGAAGGAAUAAUAAAAAAUUCAAAUCCUAUACAUGUAUGGGAAUUCGUAGCGGAUUUUAGUAAUAUGAAAAAAUUAAAUCCAACAAUAGAAGAAUUUAAUAUUAUCGCAGAAAGUGGCAAUUACGAUCAUUGGAAAUAUUCGGUCGAAUAUACUGAACAUUUGAGUCAUAUACCAAUUAUACGAAACAUAGCGCAUGGACAUUACGCCAUACGUGAAGAUAAUAAUGGUUACUUGAUUACUUCGAAACAUCAGACGUGUUUCUUUCCCAAAUUUGGAUGCUUGGAGUCGAUCUCGCAAUUCAGAUUCGAUCGAGAUGGUGCAACAGAUACAAAGUGUAUCGAAACCGUACAAUAUGAAUGUCCAAUUGCAUUUUCACCGUUAUGUUACAGAGAAGUUAUGUAUCAACGAGAAGAAAUUAUGAAAAGAUUGAAAUUAAAAUUCUCAGAGGCUAAAAAUUAAAAACAGUUAAUAUUGUCAUAGAUUUACUUUUUUGACCUUAAGAAAGUUAAAAUAUAUAGUUUACGCUGUUUUUAGAUUCACAAUGUACUUGUAAUAUAUUUUAUACAAAAAUAAUAAUUUUUAUAACGAUUUUUGUACAAUAUUUUAUAUAUCGCGCUGUUAGUUUAUAUAUAUAUUUAGUAUGACCAACAUCAAAAUGUAAAAUCUCCGAUAACAAAGUGACAAAAAAGAAAAUAGAGGGGGAGAUCAACAAUUUAUCGAAAACAUACACAUGAGAGAACCUGUGAAAAGGAAACAGACAUUGAAAAGUCUUUCUAUUUUUAUUUGUAUUUAUUGAAAUAUAUAUCAUUCAUAACCUUUAAACAAUAGAUUUAUAUUACAGCGUGAAACAUGUCUAAUAAAUUUGAGGCGU